GACAUGCACCUGCAGCUGUCCUGGCUGGACACGAGACUUAACUUGCGCCGGUUCGGCGUCAAUUGGACACUGUCGCUGAAUGGUGCCGAUAUCGUACCCAGGAUGUGGAAGCCAGACUUAUUUUUUGCGAACGUAAAAACAGCCAGUUUGCACGAUGUGACUAUGGUCAACCAGUUGGUGGACAUCAGCCCGGACGGACAAGUAUUUUACAGCAUGCGGCUUAGCCUUGAACUGGCCUGCAGAAUGCACUUCGACCACUAUCCGCUCGAUACUCAGCGGUGCCCCAUGCAUUUAGGACCAUUUUCCCAGACGAUCGACCAGACAGUUUUGCGUUGGAAGAGGGACCCAAUCGUUUUCAAAAAGCCGAUAAGCGUUCCACAGUAUCACCUAGAUGGGGUUACACACGACCGCUACACGAGGACGAUCGAGACAGGAUCCUUCAGCUUCCUCGUAGUUCGUUUCACCGUUGUUCGACAAAGAGGAUAUUACCUUAUCACGAUCUACUUCCCUACCAUGCUUUUUGUUGUCAUAUCCUGGCUGACUUUCUACCUGCACAUUGGGAUGGCUCCAGGAAGGAUAAUUCUCGGACUUGGAAUGCUUCUCAACUUAGUGUCAACAAACACCGGUGUACGGUCGGAGGUACCCCCGGUGUCGUAUAUGAAGGCCUUGGAUGUGUGGAUGGGUGGCUGCGUCUGUGCCGUCUUUGGAGCGCUUUUUGAAUUUACCCUGGUACAUUACAUCGGAAGGGUGAAAAGAAGACCCAGAUGGUUCAGACAAAUCGACGAUGGAUUGCUCUGGCUGGUGAAGCCUAAGCCUUAUGAAAGCGAUAAGGAGGACGAGAAUUAUGAUCCGUACGAUUACGACGAGCUCUACAGGAAUGUCAAGAGAGCAUACAGCAUUGACAGGAUAGCACGUGUCAUUUUUCCCCUUUUCUAUUUCUUUUUCCUUAUCGUCUACUGGACUAUUUAUGCUUACCAGUUUCUUGUUGAUCAUCCCGUUGAGUAUUGACAAAACACAGGACUCGUCGGUUUAUGGCUUUUGUAUUUCCCGUCUGCGAGGAAAAGCAAGGGCAAAAUUGUUAAGGAAUUUCUUUUAUUCUUCACUUUGGGUGGCUCGAUUGAAGCUUUAGCGCAUUUCUGUUCUUUUGUAAUGUAAUAAACAUUUACAGAGCAUAUUUAUCUGCUAUGUCACAUUAUUCCCAGAAAGGUGCUGCCCUAGCGAGAGCGAGGGCGGCUUCCUGCUUCAUGAUUUUGAUUGAUGCCCCUUUCCACUGAACAAAAAAAAUGCUAGAUGCCAACUGACACGCUUUCGUUAAA